AUUGCAACGCGAGCUUCAGCUUCAAGUACUGAUUUGGUAAGCUUAAGUUUCAAUGGCUACUGGAACACCUCACAUUGCAACGCGAGCUUCAGUUUCAAGUAUUGAUUUGGAAUCACGAGGUAAUACUCCAAUAUCAGAAAUGAGUUUUAAUGCUGAUGACAAUGAAUGUGAAGCUGAAUCACUUCACCCGUCACCUCCUGGUAGCCCAACAAACAUAACAGAGGAAGUAGGUAAUGAACUAAUGCCUGCAACAUCUACAAAUGAACCACUUAGAAAACAAACCUUAUCCAAAAGAAAACAGGCUGAAGAGGAGUUUCACUUGCUACAAAAUUUGUCACAGUCAAUUGAAAACAAGAAUAAAAGACGACGAGAAGGAAAAAAAAGAAUAAUACAAUUUUUGAAGCUUUUGGAAAUUAUUUUGCACAAGCAUUGUCUGAAUUAG